UGCAUUUCGCCGGAAAAAAUUCACAUUCAUUCCGAUUUCCGUAAUUCUUUGCUGCAGAAAGAUGCACACAUUUUGUGCGGGAGUGAGGAGGUUUUGCAUUUCGGUCAUUUGAUCGGGAAUUAUUGUUGCUUCUCCUUCUGAUGUCGAUCGGUUGUGGAAAGAAUCGCGGAGGGUACCAGCAAUUCGGUUGUGAAUGAAGGUAGUGAGGAACGGGGAUUUUCAAGUAGAGAAGAUGCUUCAUUUGAAACGCUAAAGACCACAGGCUGCCAUUGAGUCCACCUAACAACUUCAUGUUAUCUUUCUGUUAUAAGAUACUAUCUGAUACAAGCCAUGACAUCCACACCCACAUCCAUGACCAUACCCACCUCUCCAGCUGCUGCAGCAAGAAAAGACAUUUUAAGAGAACAUUGUGGUCUUUGCCAAUCACACUCUGGCUUAAAUCUUUGCAAGAAAGCUGGUAUCCGGAGAUCUUACUCGGAUAACCACCUUUGUUACUCUGUCAAUCGCAAACGUUAUGAAUCAGUGAAACCAAAGCUGAAGAACAGUCGCUCUGUUGGGAUCUUCUCCUUGCAGAUAUCUGACUCAAUAAUUCCAAACUCGCUCAGAUCGUUUCUGUAUGACCCAGAGACGAGUAAGAAUUUGAGUAUAGCUGACAAGGAAGUGACUUCUGUUGAGAAUUCAGUGGAAAACAAUGAAGAAGAGAAGGAAAUAAACAGAGCAAACUGGGUGGAUAGGUUGCUGGAGAUUAGAAGUCUAUGGAAGAAUAGACAGCAAGAAGAAAGUGCAGAUGGAGUUGAUAUUUGUGAUAGUGAGAAUGGGGCUUGUGAUUGUGAUUGUGACGGUGAUGUAGAUGAAGUUGGUUGUGUUGUUGAUUAUGGCUCAGAAGAAGGAGGAAGUGAAGAGAGAUAUGAUGGUGAAUCCUUCUCAAAAUUAUUGGUUCAGGUCCCGUGGUCUGAUACUAAGCUAUUCUCUCAGCUGGCCUUCUUAUGCAACAUGGCUUAUGUGAUACCAGAGCUCAAGGGUGAGGAUUUGAGAAGAUAUUAUGGCCUAGAGUUUGUAACAUCUUCUAUUGAAAAGAAAGAAGAGGUGGCUGCAAUCAAAGCAAAGCUUGAUCAGGACUCUACUCGUGUACCUGUUAUUGCCACAUCAGCCUGUGAACCCAACUCACAACAACCUAUGGGUUCAGAUAAGAAACGCCCUGUCCGCUCUAUGGCUGUUGCCUAUGAGGUUGCUGCUUCAGCUGCAUCUUAUGUUCAGUCACGUACAAAGGACCUUUUGUCCAUGGGCUCCGACUCCCAGCAUGAGGGUGAUUGCGUUGAUUUGGGUGACGGUGGAGACCGGACAGAAAUUGAAGGAGAGAACUGCCAUCGAGUACAUAAAUCGGAGGUGGCUGCUCAUAUGGCAGCGUCAACAAUGACUGCUGUCGUAGCAGCAAGGGAGAAGGAGAAGCAGGAGGCUGCCAGGGAUCUUCAGUCAGUACACUCAUCACCUUGUGAAUGGUUCAUUUGUGAUGACUCAAGCACAUAUACUCGUUGCUUUGUCAUUCAGGGAUCAGACUCAUUGGCCUCUUGGCUGGCAAACCUUUUCUUUGAACCGACUAGAUUUGAGGAUACGGAUGUGUUGGUUCACAGAGGAAUAUAUGAAGCUGCAAAGGGUGUCUAUCAACAAUUCUUGCCAGAAAUUGUGGACCAUUUGAAGAGACAUGGCGAUCGUGCAAAAUUUCAAUUCACUGGCCAUUCACUCGGUGGCAGCCUUUCUCUUCUAGUAAACUUGAUGCUGCUGACUAGGAGAGUUGUUGAGCCUUCUGCUCUGAGGCGAGUUGUCACUUUUGGUUCACCAUUUGUGUUCUGUGGAGGUCAGAAGGUACUGAAAGACUUGGGGCUAGAUGAGAGCCAUAUUCAUUGUGUGAUGAUGCACAGGGACAUUGUCCCUAGAGCUUUUUCCUGCAACUACCCCAACCAUGUCUCCCUUGUCCUCAAGCGUUUGAACUCAUUCCGGACACAUCCUUGUCUAAUUAAAAAUAAACUUUUAUAUUCCCCAAUGGGAAAACUAUUCAUUCUCCAACCAGAUGAAAAGUCAUCCCCAUCGCACCCUCUGCUCCCUCCAGGAAAUGCUCUUUAUGUUUUGGACAAGAACCGUUAUGACUACUCCACAAAUGCCUUGAAGGCCUUCCUUAAUUGUCCCCAUCCCUUGGAGACUCUGAGUGAUCCUACAGCCUACGGCUCAGAUGGUUCAAUUCUAAGAGAUCAUGACUCCAGUAACUACCUGAAAGCUAUCAAUGGGGUUCUCAGGCAACACAAAAAGAUGGUUCCCCGGAAAGUAUUAAAUGAGAGAACCUCUGCCUCUCCUUGGCCACUACUUUUUUCACCAUCUCCUCACUCAUGGAGCCAUGAUAGAAACUUGGAGAACAAUAGCAGGUUAGUGAACACAGAAGUAAUGACCCAAGUCUGAGCCUCUCUAUCGUUUUCCAUUAAAUCCAUGGUUCCCCAUAAACAACAACAUACAUAUAGAGGAUGUGUGUCCCCUAGUUGUGUGUACAUUUCUCCCUUGUACAUCUACUUAGUUUGUACCAGAAGAAAAAGAUCUAAACCUUACUGAAACGUCACACAUCGUCUUGUGUGUUGUUCAGUAUCAUUCAGUGGCAGGUAAAAUGCCCCACUUUUUUUUUUUUUCGUCACCAAUUUAUAAUUGUAAUAAAUACUUUCAAAUAAU